CGUUCACCCGUUCACCACACACACACACACACACACAUACGCACACACGCCACCAGGAAACCUAUUUCACAACAAAUGGAUAAGGCGAAACACUCUCGAGGCUAAGUCAGCUGCUAACAUUCAACUCCUCAUAUUGCAGUGAAAUGAGGGCAGCAUGGGGGCCAAAGAGUCGAGGAUAGGAUUCCUGUCGUAUGACGAGGCCGCGAAGAGAGUCACUGAUGUGGAAUUGAAACGUCUGAAGGAUGCUUUCAAGAGAACCAGCGGUGUCUCCUAUUACAUGACCCAACAGUGCUUCUACAGGGAAGUGCUGGGAGAUGGAGUUCCCCCGAAAGUUGCAGAGGUUAUUUACACCUCAUUUGGAGGCUCGUCUAAAGGGCUACACUUCAACAACCUGAUCGUUGGUCUGGUGCUUCUGACCAGAGGACGCGAUGAGGAGAAGGCGAAAUACCUCUUCAGCCUGUUUGCCAGUGAUCUGGGUGGAUAUGCUGCCAGAGAAGAUAUUGAAGCAGUUCUGCAAGUUUUGGAUGGAGAGAUUCCAACCUCCCUCAAGAAGUGCUUCAGUGAGGGUGACAAGGUGAACUAUGAGCGCUUCAAGAACUGGCUCCUGCAGAACAAAGAGGCCUUCACUUUGUCCAGAUGGCUUCUGUCUGGCGGAGUGUGUGUCACGCUCACCGAUGACAGUGACACGCCCACUUUCUACCAGACACUGGCUGGCGUCACACACCUGGAAGAGUCAGACAUUAUAGACUUGGAGAAGCGCUACUGGCUCCUGAAAGCCCAGUCCAGAACUGGCCGCUUUGACUUGGAAACCUUUGUCCCGCUGGUGUCUCCUCCCAUCCAUGCCUCACUGAGUGAAGGCUUGUUUCAUGCCUUUGACGAGAACCGGGACAAUCACAUCGACUUUAAAGAGAUCUCUUGUGGACUCUCUGCGUGCUGCAGAGGGCCGGUCGCUGAAAGGCAGAAAUUUUGCUUCAAAGUGUUUGAUGUGGACCGUGAUGGAGUUCUGUCUCGAGAUGAGCUCCAUGAAAUGGUGGUGGCCUUGCUGGAGGUGUGGAAGGACAAUCGCACAGACACACUCCCUGAGAUGCAUAGCAGUGUGUCCGACAUAGUAGAAGACAUCCUGAAGAUACAUGACACGACCAAGCUGGGUCACCUGACCUUGGAGGACUACCAGAUAUGGAGUGUGAAGAGCGCAUUAGCCAAUGAGUUUCUAAACCUACUUUUCCAGGUCUGCCACAUAGUCUUGGGGCUCAGGCCUGCCACUCCUGAAGAGGAGGGGCAAAUUAUCAGGGGCUGGUUAGAAAGGGAGAGCAGACAUGGGCUGCGGCAGAGUCAGAACUGGUUCCUCAUCUCCAUGCUGUGGUGGCAGCAGUGGAAAGACUAUGUCAAAUACGGCAGUCCCUGCUGUUGUCUUCCUGUCCAGGAGCAUAAAGGCAUCGUGGUGGAGCAGCCAUCCAUCCUGAGCUCACUGCGGAGUCCGAUGGCCAUCACCACCAUAGGGCCGGCCCCUCCUGACAGACUGGGAGGCCUGGGAACCUUCAGCCCCAUCAGCCCCACUGAGGAGAGGUCACCCGAUGCUGUGUCCAGUGCCUCAGAGGCUACAGAGACUGCUCUGAGCCCCCAGGUCUAUCCUUCUGCUACAGAGAGCUGUUUUGCUCGUCAGCACAACAUAUCGGACGACAACAAUCAGUGUUUUUCUGGAGCCAAUGGCCACCUCCCCUCCCAGCUGGCUGCACAAAGACCUGGAGCCAUCGAUAACCAACCUCUGGUCAACACAGACCCCAUGAAGGCCCCUACGCUAACCAUGGAGGGUGGCAGACUGAAGCGCUCCUUGCAGCUGGUGCCAGGUCGAGACUUUCAAAUUGUGCCAGAGCCAGUGUGGCGGGCGCUCUACCACUGGUAUGGUGCCAACCUCAGCCUGCCGCGACCGGUUAUUCUGGAGAGCAAGACAGGCCAACCAGAGCUGGAGCUCUUCCCACGCUACGUCCUCUUCCUCCGCCAGCAACCAGCAACGCGCUCCCCACAGUCCAACAUCUGGGUCAAUAUGGGUAUGACCAGCCUGCGAAUGUUCCCACCGUAUUUACCCCCACCAAGAGCAGGUUCUGUGCCAUCACCUAACGCUCCUCUGAAGAGGGUGUUGGCAUACACCGGCUGCUUCAGCCGAAUGGCCACGAUCAAGGACAUCCACUUCUACCUAUCCCAGAGACUUCGCAUCAAAGAGGAGGACAUGAGACUCUGGCUCUACAUCAGUGAGAACUACCUCACCCUCCUAGAUGAUGAAGAUCACACACUGGAGAGUCUGAAGGUCCACGAUGAGCAGCAGCUAGUUAUUGAAGUGAGGAACAAAGACAUGAGCUGGCCUGAGGAAAUGUCUUUCAUUGCCAACAGCAGUAAGAUGGACAGACACAAAGUUCCUACAGAGAAAGGAGCCACUGGUCUCAGUAACCUUGGCAACACCUGCUUCAUGAACUCCAGUAUCCAGUGUGUGAGCAACACCAAGCCUCUCACAGAGUACUUCAUCUCAGGGAAACACCUCUAUGAGCUCAACAGAACCAACCCCAUUGGGAUGCGAGGUCACAUGGCCAAGUGUUAUGGUGACCUGGUGAUGGAGCUGUGGAGUGGCACUCAGAAGAACGUGGCUCCGCUCAAACUCAGAUGGACGAUAGCAAAGUACGCCCCGCGCUUCAAUGGUUUCCAGCAGCAGGACUCUCAGGAGCUGCUGGCCUUCCUGUUGGACGGUCUCCAUGAAGAUCUAAACCGAGUCCAUGAGAAACCCUAUGUGGAGCUGAAGGACAGUGAUGGCCGGCCCGACUGGGAGGUGGCCUCUGAGGCAUGGGAGAACCACCUGCGCAGGAACCGUUCCAUUGUGGUGGACCUCUUCCACGGCCAACUCAAGUCCCAGGUGAAAUGUAAGACGUGCGGCCACAUCAGCGCUCGCUUUGACCCUUUCAACUUCCUGUCUCUGCCUUUGCCCAUGGACAGCUCCAUGCAUCUGGAGAUCACUGUCAUUAAGCUGGAUGGCUCCACACCUGUGCGCUAUGGCUUGAGGCUGAAUAUGGAUGAGAAAUACACAGGACUGAAGAAACAGCUGAGCGAACUGUGCAGUCUGAAGCCAGAGCAGAUCCUUCUGGCUGAGGUCCACAACUCCAACAUCAAGAACUUCCCUCAGGACAACCAGAAGGUUCGUCUGUCAGUAAACGGUUUCCUGUGUGCUUUUGAGGUCCCGGUGCCAGGUUCACCAACAUCACUGACCUCCCCCACACUGACAGACGUCACUCCUGUAGCUAACGGCUCAGCUCCUAAUGGUCAUCUGGACAAUAAGCCCUGCCUCAUUCCUAACGGUGGGCCCAGCAUGAUGGUUCCCUGCAGCUCAGAGAUAACUGUUGGCAGUGCGGUCACUAACGGACACAUCACACCAGUGCAGGAAAGCCCCUUUAUUGGAUACAUCAUUGCUAUGCACAGAAAGAUGAUGCGUACAGAGCUGUACUUCCUAUCAUCUCAGAAGAACCGGCCCAGUCUGUUCGGCAUGCCCCUCAUAGUUCCCUGCACUGUCCACACCAGUAAGAAAGACCUGUACGAUGCUGUGUGGAUCCAAGUGUCCCGACUGGCCAGCCCACUGCCCCCACAGGAAGCAAGCAACCACGCCCAGGACUGUGAUGACAGUAUGGGCUACCAGUAUCCCUUCACUUUACGGGUCGUGGGUAAAGAUGGCAAUUCGUGUGCCUGGUGUCCCUGGUACAGGUUCUGUCGAGGCUGUACAAUAGAAUGCUCAGAGGACAGAGCUUCUGUUGGGAAUGCUUACAUAGCUGUGGACUGGGACCCCACUGCCCUGCACCUCCGCUACCAGACCUCCCAGGAGAGGAUCGUGGAGGAGCACUGCAGUGUGGAGCAGUCUCGCCGGGCCCAGGCUGAGCCCAUCAGCUUGGACAGCUGUCUGAAGGCCUUCACCAGUGAGGAGGAGCUGGGAGAGGACGAGCUCUACUAUUGCUCCAAGUGCAAGACCCAUCGACUGGCCACAAAGAAACUAGAUCUCUGGAGGCUGCCACCCAUUCUGAUUGUCCACCUCAAGCGCUUCCAGUUCGUUAAUGGUCGCUGGAUCAAAUCCCAGAAGAUUGUCAAGUUCCCACGGGAGAACUUUGACCCUGGCGCCUUCCUGGCUCCCAGAGACCUAGAGCAGCACUGCCUCCACUCCCGCAGUGAGAGCGAGGAUCUGCUCAGGGUUGGAGAAGACAAUCUGUCCUCUAUCUCUGCCCCCGCUGGCUUCUGCAACCUCCCCAAAGCCUCCCCCGCCUCUAGCAGGAAGUCGGCACCUUCUCUCAGUCGGACCAGCAGCCCCUCCAGUAGCCCAAAGAGCAACAGCGGUGGCCGUAGGCCCGGCCGGCUACGUCUGCCUCAGCUGGGCAGCAGACACCGCCUCUCUAACAGCAAAGAGAGCCUGGAUGGAGCUACUAAUCCUGAGGCUGAGCCACGGGAGAGUGCACCACAGGUGGACACAGAGGGGAGCACAUUAGCAGGGGCGACGGGCCUUACUGGUUCAGGAGAGGCCAUCAUGUCUGAGUCACUGUGCAGCACGGAGGCGUCAAGCAGCCACUGUGAUGUGGUCCUGAUGAACGGUGACAGCAACGGGCUGAGCUCAGACUGCAGCACUGAGAGCUGCAUGGAUCCUGACAACUCGCUGCUACAGCACAGAGACAACAUGUGUCUGGAGGCCGUCUACAACCUCUAUGCAAUAUCAUGUCAUUCAGGAAUCAUGGGAGGAGGCCACUAUGUGACAUAUGCCAAAAACCCCAAUGAGAAGUGGUACUGUUACAAUGACAGCAGCUGUAAGGAAAUGCACUCUGAGGAGGUCGACUCUGACUCUGCCUACAUCCUGUUCUACGAGCAGCAAGGUGUAAACUACUCCCAGUUCCUGCCCAAGAUCGACGGCAAGAAGAUGGCUGACACUAGUAGCAUGGACGAAGACUUUGAGUCUGACUACAAGAAAUACUGUGUCCUGCAGUGAUGGCACCAUAGUCUUCCAUCAGCCAGCACUACACCUGCUCUGUGCUGCCCCCUGCUGCUCUGAGCAGGAAGCAGCAGAUAUUCAGAUCAGUCUGAGGAACAAUGCCUGGAGUCAGACUGAGCUCUCUGCGUUUAGGGAUGCGUCGCAGCACUUUCUACACUUGAUCACAAACAUGGAUUAGUGCAAAGGUUUACCAAGGUGACAGUGAAGCCCCGGUGAAAGCACUAAACUGGUGCACUUUGCUCCUCCUCCUCAUCCUCCUCCUCCUCCUCCUCCCCCUCCUCAUGUGAACAACCCUAGCCAUAACAUACAUGUAACACCAACUUGCAUACUAACACAUCUCUGAAUGUAUGCCUAUGUGGCCAAGUGACAAAGACCUGAGGACCUGAGUGACCAGAGCCCAGAUAUUUUAAGUGAAGAAGGAAAAUGACAAGGCCAUUUAAAGAAUUCCUCUUGUAACUGCGAGGCCAAUAAUUGGACACAGUUUUAAUGCCAAUUUUGAACGAGGUCCAAAGCUUCAAAACCCUACUGUGAUGAUGUCAUAUUUGAUGCCACAAGUCAAAGUCAUGUUAAAAUGUUGAUGUCACGUAGACUUUAAAAAGAGAUAGUGUCAUUAAGGAAAUUAUGAGUCGUAGGCUACCUCAUAGCGUCUUGCAGCCUGUCAGCCAACUGCUCCCUAAACACCUGUGACAGUAUUAAUAAUAAUAUGUAAAUGCUUCCUUUUUUAUACGUGGUACAACACAAACCCAACACAAACAUCACAACCCUCUUAAGGAUGCUCGCACAGGUCCUGAUGAAAUUAGGUUUGAGCCUUCAGCUGCCAAAUGUCCACGGUUAUCAGUGCAAUGUUGACGCGUCUCUGUCCCUAACCUCUCUACACUCUCUCAGAUCAGGAUUCUUACGAGCAUUUAUGGUUUGCUGAACACAGAUGCCAUGAGGUUUAUUUUUCUUUUAUUACUGCACAUGCAUUCUUUUUUUAAAAAAGAUUUAUUUUAAGGUUUGGGUCUUUGUUAGGGCUCAUCUUCACGUGAACCUUUCUCCCGCUGCAUUUCUCAACUGUUGAGAUUCAAACUCAUGUAACUCAGAGGUUACUACUUUCCACAAUAAGAAAUGAUUUAAAUUAAAAAAGAUUGUAUGACACCUCUGAAACGCCACUGAACCCAAAUAUUUGUAGCAAGAUCAACCAAAACUACUCCCUUUUUUUUUUUUUAAAUUAGAUUUCAUACAUUCGAGUUUCCAGUCAAAACCUGACUUCUACAUUACCCACAAUGCAAGUUUACUGCCGACACUUAGCCUGGACGUUUGUCUUUUUAAAAUCAGGAGAGAUCCGGUUUUAAACACAAAAAAACUGUAUUCUUCAGCCAAAUGAGUGUAUAAAGGAAGAAAACAGCGUACAGUACAAGUGUUGUCUUGUAAACAGACUGAUGUGUGAAGUCGGUGGAGUUCCCUCUUAAUUGUUAAGACUGACUGUGGUUUCAAGCAUGUUUCACUGACUUGUGGGUGUGGUCACUUGUAGCACCUCCAUUCACACUCGGGUUCUUGGGUUAGACCUGUGUAGACCUGUGUAGACCUGUGUAAAGCUGUAGCACGUUACCAAGACCAAACUGACGGUCAAACAACACGGGUUUUCCACUGUGGCUGAUGUUUAAACCACUAACAGAACAAACCGGCAUAUAAUGCUUGACUUGAUUUCCUGUGUCCUCCUCUUUGCCCAGAAAAAACGACCGUUUCAUUUCAGUGUCAAAAUGUAGUUUCAUUACUAACGGGGAAGUUGUGCUGUGACGCAGUAUUUGAAUUCCUCAGAUAUUGUGUAUGACAUUAUUGGUUAUACUUCAUGCACAAUAUUGAAUGUUUCAAAAAUGUGCGUUUAGUCACAACUUUCUCUUACCUUCAGUAUUUUUACUUGACAUAUCGUCUGUAUUCCUGAGUAUAAACAGUUUAAUUUUGUUUAUUUCUUUCAUCACAAAGUAACUCCCCCCCCACACACACACACUGUUUGUGCGCGGGCCUUCCCUGACGGGUCCUAUGGACCCAAUCCUGUCAAAGUCUGUCUCUGUAAUAUGAUAUAUGUGUGUGUGUGUGUGUGUGUAAAGUCAUUUUAAGGUUCCUACAUAGAAACAAACAAACAAAGGUGAUGUGGUACUAGUUACAGGACUAGUGUUCACUUAUAUUUUUAGUAAGGUCAUUUAAAAUAACCCCUAUUUUGACAAGCGAUAAGUAAUACAUUUCAGGUUGUAUGGUAAAUCCAUAUAGUAAUUCAAAUAUUUCUUACUUAAAGAGUGAUUUAAGGACAUGAUUAAGACAUUUCACACCAUUACUGUGCUUCUCUAUGAAUAUAACAUAUGGUUUAAAUUUGCCGUUUGUUUCUUCUUUAAAAAAAACAACAAAAAAAACAAACAACCAAAGUCUGUUGAAUGUGUUGAACUAAAGCAUGUGUCAGGACUGUAGUUAACUCUGUAAACACUUCUCUACGUCACUGGACCCGUCAUUUCAAUUGUUCUUUUUUUUUUUCUUUGUGCUGAAUCUAAAAAAAACAAAAACUCUUUUGCUGUUCUUAUCUGAAGGUGACGUUGACUGUUGAGGUUAGUUUAAGACGAACAAACCCGCGUUCUGCAGUGUGUGUGUGUGUGUGUGUGUGUGUGUGUGUGUGUGUGUCAGAGCUCCUGCUGUGUGGGACUCUGAUCACUGUGACUCCCCCGUCGCUCUCCUCUUAGUCUUUUUUAGAUCACAGGAGCUGAAUCUCUGUGUCCACCCCUUUUUAGCUGCUGUUUCUUUUCUUUGGAGAAGGUGGUGUCAUUAUGGGGGAGACAUGUGUCGCUGAAUGAAACCGUCUUUUCCUUUGCAGAGUGUGUGUUUGUUGAACAAAUGAGAAUGUACAUACGUGUGCUUAUAUAUACAGUAUAUAUGUUUGUGUGUGAGCCUGUUUCUCUCCAUCCUUUGCACCGAGCCGUAGACGACGUCCAGUUUGUGUCCGUGUUUGUCAUCACGUGGCUCAAAGGGAACAUUUUUACUAAAGAUUUGUCUUUUGACUACUCGAUUGGAAAUUGCUUCUUUUUAAAGGUGCAACAGCUGUCAUUUUCUUUUCUCCGACUUUCAUAAUCCUGUGAACUGUGCAAACGCUGGUCCUGUAAAACAUGGGGCUAUUAUCCGAAGCCCCUCCUUGCCCUUGUAAGCCCCGCCUCCAUUGUCCCUACCCACCAAAAGACUGAUUCCUCGUCACAGACAGUGCAAUCUACUACUGAGCUGUCUGUAGCCUCUUUUUUUUAUUUAAGUUCAUUUCUGUCGGAUCUGAACCACACGUGUUAAUUUAAAAUUUCUUUUUUUUUUAAAGGUGUUUGUUUGAAAGAAAGUGACGUUGCACUGACAUGAAAAACGUGUACAUAAAAUGUGUUUUGUAAAUAAGCCAAUGAAAAGUAUGUAUUUGAAUAUGAACUGUACAAAAAUGCUGUACUUGUAGUUGUAUAUGGAGUGAUACUGUUGAUCUGUAACAAAGUACCCAACCAACAAAUUAAAUUCUGCAGAGGAAACAAUGA